AUAUGCUCAUGCACAGAGCUGGGGUUUAAGAUGGUGAUGCUGAUGUGGAUAACAGCGCUGCUUUUUAGUCAUACAGGCCUAACAUUAGAUUUUGCACAAAUGAACAUCGUCAAUCAGCCGAACCCAGUGAUCACUGCAGCUUCUGGAGAUAACGUGACUCUACAUUGCCUUCGAGUAGAAGAAGGAGACACUGAAACAAUCACUUGGUACAAACAAGCGGUAGGACACGAGCCUCGUGCAAUGGUCACAGUUCAUAAACUAGCACAGAAGCACAUUUUUGAAGAUCAGUUCAACUCGCCAAGGUUUUCUGUGGAGAAUUUAAAAGAAAGCUGCAACUUGAAAAUUACUAACGUGGAACCAUCAGAUGAAGCCAUGUAUUACUGUGGAUUAAAAAAGAUUAUAAUAUUGUUUGGAAAAGGAACAUUUUUAUCAGUAAAAGGUAAACCAGAUUUAAACGUCUCAGUGUUCCAGAGCGGCGUGUCGGACUCGGUUCCUGCAGGAGCGUCAGUGACUCUGCAGUGCUCGGUUCUCUCUGAGAGCAGAUCAGCAGAACUCCAAGUGCUCUGGUUCAGAGCUGCUCCACCACAAUCCCAUCCUCAAAUCAUUUACACUCAUCACAACAGCAGCCAUCAGUGUGAGAGCGGCUCUUCUACACACACCUGUGUGUACAACUUCUCCAAGAACAUCCUCAGCCUCAAUGAUACUGGAACUUACUACUGCGCUGUGUCCGUGUGUGGGAAGAUCAUUUUUGGGAACGGGACACGAGUACAACUGAAAGAAUCUGUGGAUCCUGUAGUGAUCUGCCUCGCUGUAGCAUUAGGAGUGUGUGUGGUUGUGCUCUUUGCUCAUGUCAUAAGCUCUAAAGGGAGAAACUGUGAAUGUUGUCAUGUGAGAUCUCAUCACGGUUCUGCAGUAGAGAAAACACUCAAUAAGGGCCGAUCUGCUCUCAAGGUCAAUUUCUCUGCUUUACAUUUCAAAGAGAGGAAAAUCAAACCCAAUGAUAGAGUGUACACGGAAGUGGUUUACUCCUCUUUUACUUAGAAUAUAUUUCAGUAAUGCUUUAUAUUACACAUGAUAUUACUGCGCAUGUCUCUUACUGUUUCAUGAAUGCAUUGAUCAAUAGUAAAUCUACAGCAAGCCUUA